AUGCGUGUUAUCAAACUUGCACAGUUUGGGAGUACAUUCUCGGCUCCCAAGGUCGUGCAGUCAGCAAUUAUCUUCUCGCGAUUGGUCUUGAUUAGCUGGGGUAAAAGGCCGGGUAUUGUUCCCCGACCGAUCAAUCUUCUCUCAGCCUUGCGGAUUGCGGAAGCUCCGGUCACGGCUUUUAUUCACAUUUCCGCCUAA